AUGCAGUCGAUCCGGACAGGUCUCCAGCCGGCGCUUCGCCAGGCUCGUCCCUCCGCCAUCCUCGCCCGCUCCAUCGCCACCACCCCCGCGCGCACCGCCAGUCCCAGCACCGAGGUCUCGACGCCCGUCAACCAGGUCCAGGCGAGCCAGGCAUUCGACCUCGCAAAGGUCAACUCGAACCAGCUCAGCCUCGAGACCCCGCGCAACGGCGUCGAGUAUGCCUUGGGCACCAUGGACAAGAUUGUCAACUGGGCGCGGCAGGGUUCCAUGUGGCCGAUGACUUUCGGCUUGGCUUGCUGCGCUGUUGAGAUGAUGCACAUGGCUGCCGCUCGCUACGACCAGGACCGUCUCGGUGUCGUCUUCCGUGCCAGUCCCCGUCAGUCCGACAUCAUGAUUGUCGCCGGGACGCUCACCAACAAGAUGGCGCCUGCACUCCGCAAGGUCUACGACCAGAUGCCCGAGCCCCGCUGGGUCAUCUCGAUGGGUUCGUGCGCGAACGGAGGCGGUUACUACCACUACUCGUACUCGGUCGUUCGCGGUUGCGACAGGAUCGUCCCUGUCGACCUCUACGUGCCGGGAUGCCCUCCGACCGCUGAGGCGUUGCUCUACGGCAUGUUACAGCUCCAACGCAAAAUGAGGAGAUCGAGGAAGGGAGUGCAGUGGUACCGCAAGUGA